GUAGCUACGAAGGCAGUUCAGAGUACAAAACAAGCUGAGGAAACAUCAACCUUUUCAGAUGAUGACUCUAAUUCCGAUUUUAAGGCUAGUGAAUCAGCAAAAAAGGCACAGAAGAGCAUAGGUUAUGCUGAAGAUGAAGGUAUUGUGCGGUAGCAUAAAUAAUUAAGAAGUUCUAAGAAGACAAUUUAUUAGCAUUUAUAGUUUACAUGAUAUAAUUAGAAUAUCCAAUUCUAACUACUUAUUAACCGAGCACAAGAUCUGUACCGGAAAGUAUUUGCCUGAGGUUUUUGUACAGACCUAGGAGCAAGUAGUAGGAGCGAGGUCUGUGCAAAUAAACUGAAGGCAAAUACUUUCCCAUACAGCCCGAGCAAACAAGGUUAAUAAGGAGUUUAUUAUAUGGCUCAUUGACAUCAUUUUCAUAUUUGUUUGAGGGCUACAUUUUGCUCACUACGUUCUCCAUUUAAAUUUGGUUUUUACCGAAAUAUUGUUCAUGAAAACGUACGUUUAACACUAGUUUUUCAGUGAAAACAGAAAAAAAAUUGCUUAUAAUACCAAUUUCUUUUUUAAAAAGUCUUAAAAUGUCAAAAUGAUUUAUGAAAAACUUUUUAUUUUCCUAUCUAACUCAUUAAAAUCGAGUGACCGCAUGAUAAAUCCAGGAGUUUCACCUCUAUAUGUAUGUUGAAAAAACAUCCAGUUCAGUGUUUCCGGAGAGAAAAACAUCAGUACUGCAGACAUCGGUACAGCCAUCAGACAAUUACCGAUGCAAUUACACACUUUUUGUGCAAAGACAACAUUCCUUUCAACACUGUCAACAGACUCGGUUUUCAGCAUUUACUGAAUGUCUUGGAGCCACGAUACCAAGUUCCCAGAAGUAAAGUGGUAAAACUUUAUGACUGCACGAGAGAAUCUGUGAUGGCAGGUUUGAACGACAUUGAAUUUUUUUCUUUGACGGCAGACAUGUGGUCUUCCCAUGGCCUCACUCCUUACAUGGGACUCGUGCUGCACUGGGUAGAUAGCGAGUGGAAUUUAAGAAACAGACAUCUUGGCAUUAUUAUAACAUUGCCCAUAGUAUGAAUGAUAUGUUGUUGCACUGGAAGUUGGAUGAAUUAAAUCAAGUCGCCAUCACUACAGACAACGGAGCGAAUAUUAAAAAAGCCUGCAGAGAUAAUAACUGGUUGAACGUUCCAUGUUUCGGUCACAAUCUUCAUCUUUCAUUUGCAAGAAAGUUGUUGCUGCAUUUGUAACAAGUUGGAAGAGACGCAGAAAUCUAGAAGCUGCACAAGUUCAAGAAGAACCUGGAAAGAAAGUAAAGAAAUUGGCAUCGGUAAGUUUGUCUUUGUCAUAAUAACAGGUUGUACACGAUUCGCGUACGACAGUUUUAACAAUGUUGCCAUGACAGGCAUGACUUAUCAGUUACCACAAAACAUGGUAACAUUACAUGUUAAGACUAAACAACUUUUUUGUUGACGUUUUCUUUAUAGGAAUGUCCAACACGAUGGGGCUCCACCCUCCACAUGAUCAGCUGUGUUUUGGCGAAUAAGAAGGCGAUUAGAAGGGUCCUGGGAAACGAUAAAGAUACAUCCCACCUAGUACCAUCAUGGCAAGAUCUCGAGGUUUUGGAGUGUAUCGACAACACACUGUCUCCUCUGAAGGCAUUUACCGAUAUCUUGUCAGCAAGCAUGUGACCAUCAGUGUGCUGAAGCCUAUUCUCCACAGAUUGUCUACUGUCGAAUUGGCCAGCCAAGAUAGUGACCCCCCGUUAGCAUGUCAACUGAAACGAGAAAUUCUGCGCCGUUUAAAGUCAAGAUACGUGGCAGAAGAUCUGAAAGUUUUGAUGGAUGUGACCUCAUUCAUUGACCCGAGAUACAUCACAGAUUUCCUCACAACAGCAGAUGAAGCUGAGCAGUCAGAACUUAACGUGGUUCAAGAGAGACUCCUUGAGCAAGCUGUUUUUCUUCAACACAAAGAAGCGAUGAUUAUACAACUCCAGAACCGUCAGCAAAGAAAAUGAAGUUGAGCCUCGGAGCACUCACAAGUUUGAAAAAGCCAAAAGAACGUCCUUCCGCAGCCCAGUCACCAUGCAAUCGUUUGUCUGCAGAAAUCGAACAUUACAUUAAAUAUCUUGUUAUUGACGGCAAUGAAAAUCCAUUUAAGUGGUGGCAACGCAAUAAAGAACUUCCACUUUUAAGCCAACUUGCCAAAAGGUAUUUGGCCAUUCAAGCCUCUAGUUCCCCGUCGGAAUGUCUUUUUAGUAAGGCAGGACUUGUCAGCAUGCCCGCACGUGCACAGUUAAAACCGGAAAAGGUUGACAUGCCCGUUUUCUUGGCGGAAAACUUGUAAACAAGUUUGAGCAAUUGUAAAUAAUUAAAGUCUAUUUUUUAUAUAAAUAUAUUUAAGAUAACACACAAGACAUGUUGUUUAUUUUUGUCAAAAUAAUUUCAUUGAUUAAAAGAGCCGGUUAUCUCGGUUAUUUUGUGACGAUUCUCGGUUUCGGUUAUUUUACGAAACCGCAUCACCCAAGGGACUGGUCCAAAUGCCUAGCCUUCGCCCGUAUUGGGAGAAUGAGCUGGGUUUUGAGCCGAUUUCCAGUGUUCUAUCUCGUAAUAGAUUCCUUAAAUUAGUCACAUUGCUUCAUUUUGUCGACAACAAUGCCAUCACAGAUGAGGAAAAGAAAGGCAGGCUUUGGAAACUUCGUCCAUGGCUUGAUGCAACAAGGCAAAAUUUUCUGCAAAUCCCUCCAAAAGAAUGUCAGUCAAUUGAUGAGAUUAUCAUUCCAUUCAAGGGUAGAUCUUGCCUCAAAGUUUAUAUGCCCAAAAAGCCACGUAAGUGGGGGUUUAAAUUUUGGGGUCAAUCAGACUCCAAAUUUAUGUACGAUUUCGACGUGUAGUAACCUGUAACGGGAGAUCGUCCCAGCUCUGAGACGAUCUCCCGUGGUUGUAGAGAAAAUGACUUAUUCAUUACCAGAUGGCAAAAAUUUCAAGGACUUCGCUGACAAUUAUUUCUCUUCUGUCGCACUUGCUGAAAAGUUGAAGAAGCGCCAAAUAUAUUACAUUGGCACAGUCAAGAUGAAUUGUGUGACAGGAAAUAAAUUGCCGAAACCCAAGGAAAUGAAAAAGACUGCUAGAGGACAUUGUGUUGCCCAGGUUGAAAGAAACACGAAUGUGGUAUGUGUCCAGUGGAAAGACAACAAAGUAGUCAGCCUUAUUUCGUCCUAUGUUGGGAGAGAACCCAUGACAGGCAAAGCGUUGGGAUAAGAAGGAAAAGAAACAUGUGCAAAUCCAGAGGCCAACGAUUGUGGAAGAGUACAAUAAGUUUAUGGGAGGCAUUGACCUUCUAAACAUGGGUAGUUCCUCGGGUAGAGGAGAAGUGAUCACGUGAUCGGCUAGUUGUGUUGUUUGUGGCGUCAGAUAUAACCAAAUCCCUAUCUCUAAGCCUAAUCCUUACCCUAACCCUCACCCUAACCCUAACCCUAACCCUUACCUCAAAACUAAUCGCUAUAACUAACUGAUGACGUAGUCUGUGAUGCAAAUUCUUCUACCCGAGGAUGUACCCCUAAACAUGUGUACAAACUUGUACAAGUGCAAUAUAAAGUCUUGUAGGUAGGUUGUACAUGUAUAUAUUCUUUCAUUCACUUACACUUGCUCUAGUAAAUUCCUGGUUUCUGUACAGAAGGUACCAUCAAGAGCAAAGUACAGAUGGGGGAGAAGUGCUCCCUCUCAGGAAAUUUCGAGCUGCUUGUGUGUAUGCUCUGACCUCAGCUGGCAAAGGAAAGAAGCGAACAUGUGGUCACCCAUCAUUAGAAGAGCAGGAAAUUUUGGAAGCAAACAGGUCCCAGAAGAAGAGGUAUGUUGGUGUACCUGAAGAUGUCCAGAAAGACGAGUUUGACCACUUCCCCAUGUAUGACCCGACACGUCAACGGUGCAAGGUUUGCUCAAGAAAGAAUUCUGCUUUCUCACACAUCAUGUGA